CUGCACUCGUUAGCGGUUCUUGUUUCACGGUAAAAUGCGUCUUGUCAACGCAUUCUUAACAUUUUUAUUAAGCAAAAUUAACGUAAAUCUGACGUGGGCCAACCCCAUACAGGGUAUUUUCGAUCCAAAUUGUUUUGUUGUGAAUAGUGAUUGUCCGAACGAGAAUGUUACCUUCUGGUUAUAUACCAAAGCUACAGCUGAUAAGCCCGUGCAACUGGAUCCACUCAACUUGAAGCAAACCGAUUUUCCCAUACGCCAACCAGUCAAAAUACUUAUCCACGGAUAUACAGGACAUCGUGACUUUGCGCCCAAUACUUACAUCAGACCAGUGCUGCUACAACGUGAGGAUGUUUACGUAAUCUCAUCUGACUAUGGACCUUUAGUGCGCGAGCCUUGCUAUUUUUCGGCUGUGGAAAAUCUUCCUCAGGCUAGUCGCUGCCUGGCGCAGUUGAUUAAUAAUCUUGUAUCACAAGACAUUGUGAGAAAUGAGGAUAUACAUGUCAUCGGCUUUAGCCUAGGUGCGCAAGUGGCUGGUCAAACGGCGAAUUAUUUAACGAAGAAAUUACCCCACAUAACUGGGUUGGAUCCGGCGAAACCUUUGUUCAUUACAGUUGGAAAUGAUCGCAGGUUGAGCAAAGAUGAUGCGGAUUUUGUAGAUGUUAUACAUACAGAUGUCAUGGGACGUGGUCUGAUGUAUCCCAUGGGUCAUAUUGACUUCUAUCCAAAUUUCGGUUAUGUGCAACCUGGUUGUGAAGUGGAAGCAGAGCCCGGUAGCUGCAACCACGACCGCGCGCCACGCUUUUAUGCGGAAUCAAUCAAUUCAAAGCAUGAGUUCUGGAGUAGCCAAUGUCCAAAUUGGCUUUAUUUUGUUCUGAAUUUAUGCAAUGUGAACUCCAAUGAUGCCAUGAUGGGUUAUUAUGUUGACAAAAGCCUCAGCGGUCAAUACUUCCUGAAGACAUCAAACUCCACCCCAUUCGCGCUUGGUCGGAAUAAUGAAAAAGUAUCGGAGGUACAAUCGAAUUGGCGGGAAAACUACGAUCUUGACAUGCUGAGCGAAGAAGCAUGCAAUCAACUACUGCUGUGCCGUUUCUUAAGAUAUGGAACAGAGAAUGCCAUGAUAUUGGACUCAGUAGCAGAUGAAGUGGGCUUUAAAAAGAAAAUGGAAGUAAUUAAUGACAAAAACUCUUAUUAAAAACUUAAGGCAUAUGUGCUUGUCUAGUGCUUG